UUCGAGCACUUUGUCAAAAUGGCGGCUCUCUUUGGUCACGGAAAUCCACUUACAACUCAAGUUGGACAGUUAAUAGAGAGAGCCACAGAUGGAUCCCAGGCUUCAGAGAACUGGGGACUGUUUAUGGAAGUAUGUGACAUCAUCAACGAGACAGAUGAGGGUCCCAAAGAUGCCAUCAAGGCUAUCAGAAAGAGGUUGUCGCAGAAUGUUGGAAAAAACUAUACCGCCGUUAUGUACACACUCACGCAACUGGAGACCUGUGUGAAGAACUGUGGGAAGCGCUUCCAUCUGCAGGUAGCAAACAAAGACUUUCUCCAUGAACUCAUCAAAAUAAUUGGUCCAAAAAAUGACCCUCCGCAGGCAGUGCAAGAGAAGGUGCUUAGUCUCAUACAGACAUGGGCUGAUGCAUUCCGGGGAGCACCAGAUUUGAAGGAGGUGGAGAAGGUGUACAGUGAGCUGAAGUCCAAGGGCAUCGAGUUCCCCAUGACAGACCUCGACCACAUGGCGCCCAUAUACACACCAGCACGGAGUGUCCCUGAAACAGAACAGACAGCUCUCAACCGACACAGGGGUAGCUCGGCCAGAUCCACAUCGGUGCGGAGCCCCCAGAAACAGCCGCAACAGCAGCCACCCCUGCAGCAGCAGCAGCAGUCUGUCCCUGGUCCCCAGUUUGUGGGGGGCGGGGCACCCACACCCAUCCAGCCGAACCAGGAGCAGCAAGGCAAGCUUCGCCGGGAGUUGGAGGUGGUGUCCGGAAACAUUCGUGUCAUGUCGGAGAUGUUGACAGAGCUCACGCCCACCAGUUGUGACCCAUCAGACCUGGAACUUCUGCAGGAGCUGCAUCGCACCAACAGACAGAUGCAGUCCCGAUUGGUGGACCUCCUGAACCACGUGGCCACAGAGGAAGUUACAAAUGAGCUGUUGAGAGUGAACGAUGACAUGAACAAUGUGUUCCUCCGUUACGAGCGGUUUGAGAGGUACCGUACGGGACAAGCUGGUACCCCAGACCAGGCCCCAGCGGAGACGGUUCCCACGUCGGUAGCACCGGCAAGCAAUGACCACCUGCCACCCUCAUAUGAUCAGGUUGUGUCGGCGCCAGAGCCUGUGGUUCAGGCCUCGAACAACCCGAACGUAGGAAACCUGAUUGACUUGGGCGAUGCCGGGCGGGCAGCCACCAGCGCCUCCGAUGUCAAUGUCCAGAUGGCUGGCAUGAACAUGGGCAGUAGCAGUGGUGCUCCUGCCACCAACACUGCGGCACCUGCCACCAACUCGGCCGCCUUCAGCGAUGACUUCGACAUGUUUGCUCAGUCUCGUCAGUCAUUUGAUGAGAACAAACAAGCACCCAGUUCCGGGGCAUACACCAACCAACAGGAGGACCAGGCAGGAGUAGGUCUCGGCCAGGCCGUGUCAGCCAAAACACAGCAGGAAAUCCUUAAUCUGCAGGACAAGGAGACUGACUACGAUGAGAUGGAACAGUGGCUGGCCACUCAGAAACCACAGGGCGCCGGAGGGGUCACAGACCCAGUUUCCAGUUCAGACGACAGAGAGUAUUCUGGGUUGAGCCCUGACUUUGACAAGUUCCUUGCGGACCGAGCCUCUGCAGCGACGGAUGUGCCGAGCAUCUCCGCAGCUACUGGUCAGCAACAGUCCCGUGCUGCUCCCAGGAGUAAUCGACAGUUGCAGAAAGAAGAGGAGGACAACCCAUUGUUUGCUUUAUGAAGUCACAGCUUUGUCCGUCACCGUUAACAUGUACCUUGGUUGGUCACGACACUGAAUCAGACACAAAUGUUUAGGUCAUUUAAGAAACUAACUGCUAGACGUCUAACCUCUUUGGAUGCUGUGAAUCUCCUGUAUUGUUGGUCUGUAGCCCAACAGUUAAUGCAUCCACUUGCCAUGCACUCAAGACCAUGUUCUAUUCUUUGUAAGUCAUUUUGCAAUACCGGAACCUACUUUUUGACAGUACUUGUGAGCCAAUUAGCUAAGAUGGUAUGAAAUCCUCAUCAGAUCAUGCUUUGAUAUUGCUGAUAGUUCCAAAAAUGUUUUCUUCUAAAAUAAAUUUUGUACUAUUUUGAGGAAAUGGUGACAAAAGGAUUAAGACUUGUGGUCUAGGUGUUACACUUGAACAAAGAACCUUAGUGUAUGUAGUUUGUAGAUUUGUAAAAUGUGAAAUUUAUUUUGACAUACUAAGUAUGUCAGACAUAAGGACACCACACAGUCUAGUGGAUAAUGAGCACAUCUGUUGAAAGAAUGUUUCCAUUGUGUUGUGGUUGUUGAUGGGAGGUGUUUGCAUUGUUACGUGUUGACAUCAACAUGGCGAUAAAAUUGUACUGCAUACAGAAUAUUUUUUAUGCCAGAAUCUGAAUUGACCAUAGUUAGGAUCAAGAGCUGAAUUACUAAAUCAGAAUAUAUCUGAUUUUAAACAUUGUGUAAAUUUAUGUGUUAAGUAUGAUAUUGAUGAGUUCAGAUAGUUUACGCGUGUAAAUAUUGAAGUCUGCAUUCUUUAAAAACCUGCGAUUUCUUGUUGUGGUAUCUAUCUUGUAUGGUAUGGUAUGUGUAUUUGACUAACACAACUCCCCCCUUGUUUAAGCUGUUGUCAUUAUCAUUCAGCUUGUCACAAAAUGAAAUAAUUAAGUUGUUAUUUUUAUCUCAUCACAAUGAUGUGUUUUUGGUAUGUUACACAGUAAUGUCAAGACACUCUGUCACAAGCGCGCUACAGUUCUUUGAAUUGAGGUUUGACAGCUGAGAAAGCCUCGAUAUUCAACCUUUGACAUAUUUCACAAUGUGUGAAAUGCAUUUCUGGUGUCCCGCGCCGUGAUAUUGCUGGAAUAUUCCUAAAAGCAGCGUAAAACCCAACUCACUCACUUACUAUCGAGAAAAUCAAUGCCUCUGGUUUUGUUCUGUUUCAUCGUACAUGUCAUAUUUUAACUCUUUUUCUAUUUUAUUCAUACUAACAGCUGGUAAUGCUGGUUAAGGGAUUACAUUGGAAAGCAGAUGUUGACAAUUUAGGGAGAACACAAUAAUAUUUUUGACACUACUUGUAAAGAAUGAACUCAUAUGAUACAGAAUGAUUUGAACAGUGCCACAAAUAUUCACUGAUUCAGCUUCAGGUUUAAUGGCACAACUUGCCCCACAGCUAUCCCGAGUAAUGGCACUGCAGAUACAAUGUUCAACUGACUGGUUGAAAGCUUGGUUUGGUGGAUCUGCUGUAAAUUACCCUGGGAGUUGAAGUUGGUUAAUGCAUGAUCUAACUAAAUUCUGUUUUAUCAUCACAACCAUCCGAUGAGAGGAUCUAUCAUUCACAUACUUUUCAAUGCAGUAUGAGUCACAUGCACUAUCUUUGUCAUAGUCUUUGCAAACUAGUUUAGGUACAUCUUAUGACAUGGGUAAACAGGGGACUAUGAGUUAUGUCCCUUACACCCGUCAAGACCUUCUGGUUGUUGGAUCAAAUCUAAGAUUCCAAUAAUUCUGAGCCUGUUUCUGUCAGUGGUACGCCAUUAUAUUAAUGAGUGUGGCCAUUUAGAACCAGGUGUACUUGGUAAACAUCCGCUGGCUUUCAAAGGUAUCAGACAGAUGACAUACAAAUUUCCUUACUAGAAAGGUUAUCAGCAAUUGAUAUCUAUGAAACAAUACAAUUGUGCAGAUCAAUGCUCAUGCUGUUGAUCACUGGAUUGUCAGGUCCAGACUCGAUUAUUUACAGACAGCCGCCAUAUGGCUGGAAUAUUGCUGAGUGGCGGCUUAAAACUAAACUCACUCACUAUGAAACAAUAUGACUAUCUUGAAGACACUUGUACUUUGAAAAUCUGUAUAUAUAUACCUAAACCACCAAAAUGCUGGAACUGUUACCUUGCCAAAUAGUUCUUUGGUAGAUUUUCCACAAAUUGAAGUUAGAAAUAUUUUUAUAGACUAUUGUAGAUGGGCAGGAAUAUUCUUCUUAUAUUUUCAAGGUAGCCAAUAAUCUACAACUGUUCAUGAAAUGAGUUUGAAAAUUUUCCUUUGUUUAUGUAAUAAUAGGACAGUAUAGUACACAUUGAAAUAUUGAAAAUAUUUUUUUAUUUUUUCGUUAAACUAUUGUUUAGUUUUGGCUUUGUUGCAAUAUAUUUGACUGUCCUGGUGCUUUUGGAGGGGUUAUUCUUUUGACAAGGAUUUAUUUUAUGUAACAAGUAACAUAUCUGGAAUUUUUUUGAAAUUUUUCUUGAAUCAAUUUGGAAAUUUCUAUUCUGACCAUCUUUUCUAUUUGUGCAUAUUGUGAUCAUUCAGGCAGAUAGCAGUCUUCAGAUUCUCACCUUUUGAUAGUGUUGAGAUAUUCUGUUACCAUUUGGUAAUUUAAUAUGGCCUAACCAGCCUAUGUUAUCUGAAUCAGAUACACUUAGAGUUUAUAGGGAAAACAGCCUGGCAAAUUAUGAUUGGUUCACCCAAAAUAAACAUGGAUACCAGGUAUUUACAAAAGGGGUAAAGGUCCUGUCCUACCAUUAGCAUCUGCCACUCAAACAUUAUGUAAUAAUUCAAGCUUCUGUUAUUUAAAUAUAUCAUUAAAUAUGUUUGUUUUAAUCUUUUUUCCCCAUAUGAAUACAGGUUUUAAUCGAUAUUGAAUUGGCCAUGCUUUCACAUAUGCCUUUACCUGCCCACAUGGCUUUGGGCUGCAAAGCAUGAAACUAGAGUUGCUAUUCGCUCAUACGUAAUGUAUAACGUUAAAUAAGUCUUGGCUGAUCUUAUAUACAAGCUGUACCUUAUCUUGCUCAAGGUAACAAUCGUGUAUUGCAGGAAUUAACUGACAGUGUAUUACUUUGAUUAUUUUGUUGUGUUAUUCUGUUAAUUAUGUAGUUGCAGUUAGUAUUUUAACUAUCAAGAAAUAAGUAUUUCACCUUUUUAUACAUAUAACAUUUGUUAUACAUAAUGUAUUUUUGAGUAGUUUUGUGCAUGUGAAAUUAUUUAUGAACGCUCUUGUUAUGGACUUGAUCUCACUUACUUGGAAGCUUCUAAUGUUGUAACUGUUGCUGAUGCAGAGCUGUCUGUAUGCCUGUAACAAAUUAUUAAGAAUAUUUCAUCACUACCUGCUAUACUUCGAAACACUGUUGGGGCAGUGGGGUAGCUUAGUGGUUAAAGCGUUUGCUCGUCACACCGAAGACCCGGGUUCGAUUCCCCACAUGGGUACAAUGUGUGAAGCCCAUUUCUGGUGACCCAGCCGUGAUAUUGCUGGAAUAUUGCUAAAAGCGGCAUAAAACUAAACUCACUCACUUACUCAAAACACUGCCUCACAUAGUAGCUUUGUCCUCAAGUACCUGGGGAUAAAGAAAAUUACUUAUGUGUUCGUUUACGUCUAUGCGGAACAAAGAAGGAAUCAUGGAUAUUUUUAGAGAUGCUUUUUAGUAAUUAUGUGCUCAGUCUCAGCUGCCAAAAAUAUCUCCCAAGUAUUCACGGUCCCUAAUUUUACUCAGUCUGCCUAGUUGUACCAAAUAUCCAUGAUUGAUCUGAAUCGGUCGACAGUUACUGUGUACAUGUCUUAAAGUUUGUGUAAAGCAAAAGAAGACAGGAAAGUAUAGAAUUCCCACUGCUUUCAAAAUUUACACAUAUUUUAAAUAUGAGGAUGAGUACUAACUAAUUGAUUUACUAUGGCCAAGCAUUCCAGAGAGCAUUAGGAUGGUUUGGUUGUCAACUUCAGAAGAGAUAGGAUACUCCUCAGCUUCUAAA